AAAUAAAUAAAAUAAAUAAAUAAAGGAAAUUGUAAGGAGGUGGGGUGGUUAGGAAGGAUAGUGGAGUUACAAGUUACGUAACAGCAUCUGUCCAGCACAAUAACAGCCUUCAAUAAUGCAGGAACAGGGGCGGACUGACCAUUUGGAAACUCGGGCACUGCCCGAGGGCCCGGGGUCAGUAGGGGGCCCCAUGAGAUGCCCCUGGUACCUUUUUCAUAGGCUUUUUUUUGAGUUUGGGCAAGGACACAGGGGCCCCAUGAUCCCCUAUUGCCCGGGGGCCCUAUGAGUUGUCAGUCCGCCCCUGUGCAGGAAACAUUA